AGUCCAUAUCUUGCAAGUCUUACGUUAUCCUUUAAGCCUCCUUCGCUUAACAUAACAUCCCCCCCCCCCCACUAAUGACGCUUAAUUUCAUUUCUCAUCAGCCCCUCGGAGGGGAUUAUUCAUUCGUAUAAAACAAUCCGCAGCAAAGUCUCCCCUCCUAUAUGGGCGAAAAUUCAUGUAUUAUUGAGAGGGGCGAAGAGAAAGGCCGUGCGUGCGUGGAAAUGCGUGGAAGAGCGCGGAUUUGAAGUGGAAUCGGGAGUCAUCGAUCCGGGCUGCACGAGGAGGAAUUUUUCCUGAUGGUUACAAACGAAGGCGCGAUGUCUUUCUCCCAGUUUGGAUACCCUUACAAUGCAACUUCACAGUUUUUCGUGUCGGCAAACCCCAGUACGACUUGCUGCGAUUCGAUUUCCAGGUCGGUGCCGGCGGACGGCUCCACCGGGGGAGCCCAGACCCCCGCAGCGGUAGCCGCGGCCGCCGCCGCCGCAGCCGCCUCCUUCUGCUGCCCCGCGCCCUACGAGAACCGGCUGCUGGCUGGGAGCCGCACCGAGCUCAACGCGGCUGCCCUGGGCGUGUACGGCUCCCCGUACGCGGCGGCGGCUGCGGCCAGCCAGAACUACGCCAACUACUUCCCCUACGGAACAGACCCCUCCGCCGCCAUCUACUCCUCUCUGGUGGGCUCACCUCUGCCUGUUUUGCACGCGCCCGAGAGGGGGGAAGAAGGGAGGGAGACGAGGAAUCCACAGUACGACAUGAAGGAGAGUGCGGGCACUUUGCACUCGGGUAUCAGUCAAACGGCUGCGUACUAUCCCUACGAUCCAUCGCUGGGCCAGUAUCAAUAUGACAGAUACGGGACGGUGGACUUUAACAGCACAGCCAGACGAAAAAACGCCACCCGAGAGACCACCAGCACCUUAAAAACGUGGCUGUAUGAGCACCGCAAGAACCCGUACCCCACCAAGGGCGAAAAAAUCAUGCUGGCCAUCAUCACUAAGAUGACACUCACCCAGGUCUCAACUUGGUUUGCCAACGCUCGCCGGAGGCUCAAGAAGGAGAACAAGAUGACGUGGUCGCCCAAGAACAAGGCCGGCGACGACAGGAAGGACAACAUUAGCAAGAGCGACCACGACUGUCUCACCAAAGAUUCCAAUGAGUGUAAGGAAGAAAAAGAUUUGCAUCUGAGCGAUUUGGAUGACAUGGAUGAGGAUGAGUGUGACAAGCUGGAUGGCGAAUGUGAAAAGGUGGUCUUAGAUGAGGCAGUGGUGCUUCCCGUCUCUCCCCACAAGAGAGAAUGCACCUCUGAGCUUCACUUGAAUGUGUCCAACAGCUUCCACCACGCCUUCCCCUACGCCAUCAAAACCGCCUUCCCACCGCUUCCUGCCGACUUCCUGGAUCCCGUAGCGUCCAAGACCACGUCCACCACGGGAACCUUGACCCUCUCUCACUUUGAAGCGUCAGACAAGCCUCGGAUUUGGUCUCUGGCGCGUACGGCGGCGUCGGGCGUCAUCUUGAGCCCGCAGCACGCCUCCGAGCUCAGGACGAGCAACCCGAGCGGGGACUGCCACCUCCAGAGGUUGGCGGGUGCCCCCGGUGUUCCUGGUGGACAAUGCGGAACCAUGAGAGGCCUCCAGGAAGUUAAUAGCGUCUCUGGUGUUGUGAACCCUUUUCCUGAGGGUCCUUCUUUGCACUCCAAAGUCUACAGCCCAGGCAGCUACAAUCACAAGGGUCUCCAGCUGCACUGUCCGUCCUACGCUGCCCUUACAGAUACAUGCCAAUACUCCAAUACUGAAGGAUUCGCUGGCGCCAAAGCAGCAGAGGUGUCAUCAGACCUCAGCCAAGCGUGUGCGACCUUGCAAGAUGACAAAGUCACAGCGUUCAGGCCCGUGAUGAAAAGGUGAAUACACACACGGGAAGCACAAUAGAAUCACAUAUAAACUUGCAUCUCAGCAAAUUUGAAUAUUGCGGAAAGCUUAUUUCAGUUGUUCAUUUACUUAUAAAAGUGAAACUCAUAUACAGUACUGCGUAACCUUGACUUACGAGUUCCCCAACUUGUGAGUUAAAAACACUUCCAAGAAGCAUGGAACAGAUGCUACCACUGAACUAACCACAUGGUAAAUGGCCAAUCCGAGUUGGAGUCAGAGCUCCUGAUGCAAUCACUUGGCCACGCCUUUUAAAGGCACAUAUCAGCACACAAAUACGUCUGUGUGUGUGUGUGUGUGUGUGCGUGUGUCUCCCAUCUUAAAAACACUUUAUAAAACCAUUUUAUUUAUUUACAUGAUCUUUUAGUAUGUUUAAAUAUUGAUAUUUUACAAUGCCAUUUUGCUUUGUUACAAAAAUAAUUAUAAAUGUUUUGGCCGGGCUGGAACAGAUUCAUGUUAUUUCAAUGCAUUUCACUGGGGAAAAUUAUUUGAUAUACUGAAUAAAUGUAGUUAUGAGCUUGGUCAGGAAACAAAUUAAACUUGUAAAUCAAGAUUUAUAUAGAGUCACUAAACAGAUUGAAAUAUUUCAGGAUUUUUUUUUCCAUAAUUUAAAUUAUUACCAAAACCCACAACUCAUCAUCUUAAAAAUAGUAUAGUAAUAAGAAACAUUGAAAAUUAUAUAUAAAUUAAGAAUGAAUUGUCCUUCUGAAAGGUACGUUUCUUUGAGAAAAAUGAAUCUGUUUAAUAUGAGUUUCAUUUUUUUAAUUCAACUACUGGAACCAAUUAAUCUCUACCAUAUUCUAACCUGUUAAGACGCAUCUGGAGCUACAAUAAGUUUAAGACUGUCCCUCAUUCACUUACUGGACAUUUCAUGAAGCACAUCUGUGCAAUAUAUCACAAAGUGAACAACGGUCAGUUUUGUUAGACACUGUCACAGCGGUACAAUGGAACCACUCAAUUUGAAUUGUUUCCCAUAGGAAACUGGAAAAAGACAAUUCCGAUAGCUUUCCAAGUGCUGUUUGAAGUAGCAUGUUAACAAUUCAUAACAGUCAAAGAAGUGUAAAAACCAGUCAGCCCCUGUUAAUAUCGUUAAGAUAAUGACAAAGGCUGUGUCGUAUUCUCUGUCGAAAUCGGGAAUGGGAAAAUUAGAUAUAAAUGUAUGCAAAUGGUUAUAUUAACAUAAUAGGAUAUUGUUAUAUUGAUACCUCACUUAGAGUAUCUUCGUAAAGGCCGGAUUUCUGCGAGAGCACUUCUUUUGGAUCGCAUCUGAUUGCGCAGGUGUACCUAAUGAAGUCAUUUCUAGGUCCCGCGAUAUUAUCACAGCUGAAAUCCACUCCAAACACAUGCUGCUGUCAUACUUGUAAUUUUAUUUUUUUUCUCCCCCUUUAGAUGAAUGGAGACCGUACAACAAGUAGGAGGUUAAUUAUGCACUAAUGGGCGUAGAGGCCUCAGUGGGACACUUGUGAGCACUGCAUGUUGCAGUCAGAGCUAUCAAACUGUGGAACAUUUUGCACAACUUUUGUUUUUUUAUGGUGUGGAAGACUUUAUGCAAAAAAAUCAUACAUAUGAGGAUUUGUGUGUGGCAAUCAUGUAUCGUUGCAAACCAAUUUAUUUAUUUGUCUAUUUAUUGUUCAGCGUGUUCUCUGUGUGCCCCUUAACCGUUCUGUUGAAAAUGUGAAUUGUGGCGAAAAAAAUGGUUGGCGAUUAAGUUAAAUGUUAUGUGUUGUUAUUGUGUUAAAAUGUGAACUUUUUUUGUUGUUGUCCUUUUUAUUAAAAAAUGCAUUUUU